AUGAUCAACACUUUUAAGCUGGAAAAAGAUAAAUGGUUCAACAGAUUGUAUGGUCUUAAAGAAAAAUGGUGUACAUCUUUAAGUAAAGAUUUUUUUUCUGCCGGUAUACUUUCUUCACAAAGAAGUGAAAGUACAAACCAUGCUGUUGGAUUUAAAGCAAAUAAAAGUACAAUAUUAACAGAGUUCUAUAGUAUUUUUCAAGCUACAAUAAAUCGAUGGAGAAAAACCGAAGAAAAAGACGACUUUGACUGUACAAGGGGAAUACCGACUUCAGAGCUAAGUAUGAGUGCUAUAUUAAAACAGGCUGCAAAUGUAUACACGAUAACACUUUUCCGUGAUUUUGAAGAAGAGUUCAAGCUUUCUGUGGCAAGUAGUACAAUGUUCAAGGGAAGUGUUGGAAGAACAGUGUUUUUUGAAGUGUGGAUAGAAGUAAUAGCAGGAUCAAGGCAAGAAGUUCAAUACAAAAUGGAAGAUUCAACCGUCACUUGCACAUGCAAAAACUUUGAAGAAUCUGGAUGGUUGUGCUUCCAUUGUUUGAGAAUAUUGCAUUUACAUUCAAUCAAUACAAUUCCAGAUCGUUACAUAACAACAAGAUGGACUAGAUAUGCAAAGAAACAGAUAUGGAAAAGGGUUGAUACAAUAAAAAGGGAGAAAAGUGAAAUCAACAAUUUUACUGGUUGGAGAUUACAUAUGAUCAGAAGAUACUAUAACUUGAUUUUGAAAGGGCAUAAGAUAGCAAAGGCCAGAAAAUUUAUCGAGGAGAAGUUUAAAACGGAUAAUAAAGCAGUUGAUGAAAUCAUAAAAAAGGAAGAAGAAAGGAAGGCAAAAGAAGAAGCUGCAAAGAUAGCAGAACAAGAAAAGGCAAAAGCUGAAGCACAACGACAAACACAAGACGAAGAAUCAACUAAUUCUGAAAUAACAAUUGUGGUUGAUCCUGAUCGUGCUAAUAAUAAAGGAAAGAAUACUGCAAAAGUUAUAAUUACUCUCAUAUAUCAAACAAUUAAAAAACACUGA